AGGGGCGUUUCGCCUGGCAGCUCCGCGGCGCCUGCCCCCGCUUUCGGGCGGGAAGGAAGGCGGGUCUGGCGAGGAGCGAGCGAGGGACGGAGCGCAGGAGGCGGGCCCCGCCGAGGCAGGAAGGGCUGUGGCUGGAGCUGGGGCUGUGACGGGGCUGGCAGGGCUGUGCGGGGCCGAGCGAAGGCCCGGAGUCGACGCACGGAAAGGGACGAAGGAGACGAGGGGACUUUGCGCGCACAGCAGCAGCGAGCCGGGAAGCCGAGCCGGGCUGGGCCGCGGCGGCCCAGUGCUUUUCAAGAGCUCCAGUUGAGGGUGAGGAACCAGUGGAGGGCCUUGGACUAGAUGACCCUCGAGGUCCCUUCCAACUCUACAAUUCUAUGAUCUUGUCAAUUCCCUGUUCUCCAGCCUUCACAUCAAGAGGCAAGGUCCUGAGCCAUGGCGGUGUGGAUUCAAGCACAGCAACUCCAGGGGGAUGCCCUGCGGCAGAUGCAGGCCCUGUAUGGGCAGCACUUUCCCAUCGAGGUCCGCCAUUACCUCUCGCAGUGGAUUGAGAGCCAGCCAUGGGACUCCAUUGACCCGGAAAACCCCCAGGAGGGUGCCAAGGCCACGCAGUUGUUGGAGGGACUGAUCCAGGAGCUGCAGAAGAAAGCGGACCACCAGGUGGGCGAGGACGGCUUCCUUCUGAAGAUCAAACUGGGCCACUAUGCCACCCAGCUGCAGAAUACAUAUGAACGCUGCCCUAUGGAACUGGUGCGCUGCAUCAGACACAUCCUUUACCAUGAGCAGCGCCUGGUGCGAGAGGCUACCGAUAGUCCCUCGCCAGCUAGCAAUCUGGCCGAUGCCCUGUCUCAGAAGCACCUGCAAAUCAACCAGACCUUUGAGGAGCUGCGCCUUGUUACUCAGGACACUGAGAACCAGCUGAAGAGGCUUCAGCAGACGCAGGAGUACUUCAUCAUCCAGUACCAAGAAAGCCAUCGCGUACAAGCCCAGUUUGCUCAGCUAGCCCAGCUCAACCCCCAGGAGCGCAUGGCCCGCGAGUCUACUUUGCAGCAGAGGAAGGUAUCGCUGGAAGCUUGGCUGACCCGCGAGGCACAGACACUGCAGCAGUAUCGUGUGGAGCUGGCUGAAAAGCACCAGCAGACGCUUUCACUGCUCCGCAAGCAACAAACCAUUAUCUUGGACGACGAGCUGAUUCAGUGGAAGAGGCGGCAACAGUUAGCGGGGAAUGGCGGGCCCCCUGAGGGCCCUUUGGAUGGCUUGCAGGCUUGGUGUGAGAAGCUAGCUGAGAUCAUCUGCCAGAACCGCCAGCAAGUGCGCCGUGUUGAACAUCUGUGUCAGCAGCUGCCCAUUCCAGGGCCCAAUGAAGAGAUGUUGGCUGACAUCAACACCACCGUCACAGACAUAAUUUCUGCCCUGGUGACUAGUACUUUUAUUAUUGAAAAGCAGCCUCCCCAGGUGCUGAAGACCCAGACCAAGUUUGCAGCCACAGUGAGGCUGCUGGUUGGUGGAAAGUUAAAUGUCCACAUGAACCCCCCACAGGUGAAGGCCACCAUCAUCAGCGAGCAGCAGGCCAAAGCCCUUCUGAAGAAUGAGAGCACCCGCAAUGAGAGCAGCGGCGAUAUCUUGAACAACUGCUGUGUGAUGGAAUAUCACCAGGCGACUGGCACUCUGAGCGCUCAUUUCCGUAACAUGUCCUUGAAGCGGAUCAAGCGCUCCGACCGACGCGGCGCCGAGUCAGUGACCGAGGAGAAGUUCACCAUCCUCUUUGAAUCCCAGUUCAGCGUUGGCGGCAACGAGUUGGUCUUCCAGGUGAAGACGCUGUCCCUGCCUGUGGUGGUGAUUGUGCACGGCAGCCAGGACAACAACGCCACGGCCACGGUGCUGUGGGACAACGCUUUCGCAGAGCCGGGCCGUGUGCCCUUCGCCGUGCCAGACAAGGUGAUGUGGUCGCAGCUGUGCGAGGCCCUCAACAUGAAGUUCAAAUCGGAGGUCCAGAGCAGCCGAGGUCUCACCAAGGAAAACCUGCUCUUCUUGGCCCAGAAACUGUUCAAUAGCAACAUGAACCUCUUAGAAGACUACAACAGCAUGGCUGUUUCCUGGGCCCAGUUCAACAGGGAGAACCUCCCAGGACGAAAUUACACAUUCUGGCAGUGGUUUGAUGGAGUGAUGGAAGUCCUGAAGAAACACUUGAAACCUCACUGGAAUGAUGGGGCUAUUCUAGGUUUUGUCAACAAGCAGCAAGCCCACAACCUGCUAAUCAACAAGCCAGAUGGAACUUUCCUUUUGAGGUUUAGUGACUCUGAGAUUGGAGGUAUCACAAUCGCCUGGAGGUUUGACAACACUGAUAGAAUGUUCUGGAACCUGAUGCCCUUCACCACUCGUGACUUCUCCAUCCGCACCCUGGCAGACCGUCUUGGGGACCUCCCAUACCUCCUCUAUGUGUAUCCUGACCGUCCCAAGGAAGAGGUCUUCUCCAAAUACUACAUGCCAGUCCUUUCAAAGACAGGGGAUGGGUAUGUGAAGCCGCUGAUCAAGCAAGUUGUGCCAGAGUUUGCCACUACAUCUGGAGACUCUACAGCUGGAGGGCCUACCUACAUGGAUCAAGCUUCCUCCCCAGCUGUCUGCCAUCAGUCCCUGUACAACACUUAUCCAACAAACCCCGACUCCGUGCUGGACCCAGAAGCGGACUAUGACCUGGAUGACUCGAUGGACGUGGCGCGGCAUGUGGAAGAGCUGCUGAGGCGCCCCAUGGACAGCCAGUGGAUUUCGCAUGCCCAGUCAUGACCAUGCCGCCUCCCCUGGAGAGACCGUGUAGAGACUGUGAAAAAUGGGGGGUGCUGCCAUUAGGGAGUACAGCUGCUGUGUGUGUCUGUGUUUGGAGAGGGGGUGCAUUUCCUCACCCCGUAGUGAGGGCAAGCCUGCCCUGCACUGACUGGGGUGUGGGGGCUGUGCCUGAGAGGCAAUGGACCUUGUCUCUCCCCUUUCGCACGUGCAAAAGGCAGUGGAGUGUAUCGCUUGGCUUUCCCAUCUGCUCGGCUUUUCUCGGGCCUUCUGCUUUGGCGCACUGCCUCCUUCUGCCAAGCUGCCAUAUGAUUUGCGUUGGGGAUCAUUCCCUCCCCUCCUCCCAGGAUUCCACACACUGCCACGUCCCUUUGCCCAGGAGCCUUUGGGCUGAGCUGUGGAGGAGAGUAGGCCUUAUUUGAAGUAUUUGUCUUUUGUAAUCUUUUUAUGUGUCUGACAUUUCUUUUCUCGGCUGCACCCAGGAUAAACGGGUGUGUGCGUGCACCUGCCUGCCUGCCUCUGACCUGUGUUUCCCGGGUGCACACGCGUGUGGGCAGCAGCAUUCUGUGCAAGAGACCCUGACUCAGUGGGAGCGCUGCUUCUAUUCGGACCCCUUUGUAGUAGCCCACUCUUACCAGGUCCCCCUGGGUUGAUAGAACCCUCUGGAGUCGCUCUGUCGCCUCACCCCAACGCCAUUCUUUUUGCCUUGUCGCAAGAUAGUCGCUUACCUCUUGGCUCCUGCAUCAUUUAGUACCUUUUGGCUUUAGAUGUGCCCAACUUUCUGCUCCCAGGUAUCACAAGUUCAGCAGAUCGCUGAGGGGUGGUGAUGGUGGUGGUGUUCUUAAAUAAGUUGCAAGUGGAAGUGCAGGAAUUAGAAUCAGAAACAGUGUUUCCCCUGUUAGGAUUAGGGGUGGCACGGGAAGAAGGCCCCUGGAUUUCAUUGCUGGGUUUCGAGGGAAAAAAGGGAAGCCUUCAGUGGAGAUUUCUAGAUGCAUGGACAAAGCCUGCCCAAUCUCUUCCUUUCUUCUUCUGAUCCCCCAGCUUCCCACCCUUCCAUUUGGCUGAACAACUGGGAAGAACAGCUCCCUCCAAACAUUAUUUUUUUUUACUAACCGGUAAAGCUCAGACUAACUUCAACACCGAAGUUAUAGCUUUCUCACAUACGUAUCUGCGGAACAGGUAAUUUGUUAGGAGGAAGGAUUCAGUCUCCGAUCUAACAGCUACCAUAUUUUUCCUGGCAUCGACAAAACAAGUGUACAGUGAGAGGUUGUCCUGUUCACUUUUUAAAAUCCAGACUUCCCUUUGGGGUGACACAGCUCUUGAAUGGUGCUCAAAUGGUUAGAAUACAUCUCCCAUCAACAGCAGGCAAAUGGAAAAGCCAAAUCUUAUUCAAGCUCCCGGGGAUACAGCCUAAACUUGCUGUGAGGACUCUGCUAAAGAAUUUUAAAGACUGCUUAUAUUAAAAUCUGAAAAGUACAGGUAUGUGUGUGUGUGUUUCCACCAUUUUCAGGUGGCAGGAUCACCUAGUGUUAAGAGCUGCCUUACACCAGUUCAGCCUCUUCGUCAAUCUAGCACAGUAUCGGCAGCUCUGAUUGGCAGCAGCUCUCAGGGUCUCCAGCAGAAGAUUCUCCCAUUAAAGGCUAGGGAUUGAAUCUGCAACUUGGUACAAGUUGUGCAUGUGCUCUGCCACCAAGUUAUGGACUGACCCUGAUCAGAUUCCAAAUUCCAGAAACCAUUUUGAAAUCUUUUGUAUUGUAGUGUGUGGAUAUGGGGCUGGGGGGGGGGAUAUACCCUAAUGUCCAUAGUGGUAGGGGAAACAUUGGAUGGGUAGGGGAAGAUAGAAGACUCCUUUUGCCACCGUUCUGAAAACCUGGACUUUUGUUGAACCUUCUGCUUAGUAGCCCUUCCAGAGAGGAGAGGUGCGGAACCUACCUCCUGUGGCAGAUUAAGGGUUUCAUCAGUGUGAGAGACUGGCAGUUCUCAAUCAACCCAUGGGGCUUAUCCAUUAGGAAGUUCUGUGGAGAACUUGCCCAAUGGAUGAUUGGUCAGUGUGGGAGAUGGGGUGCAAUGUAAAUUUUCUACACUGAGACACAAUCAUGUCCUGGGCCUGACGCAUUUCUUGGACAUAGGGAAGAGCUGCCGCUUAGCGGUAGAGCAGAUUCUGUGCACACCGAAGGCUGCAGGUCCAACUUCCUUGCGUCUUCAGGUGAAGACAACCCCACACACCCACUUGAAACCCUGACAAGCCACUGCCAAUCCGUGUAGAUGUUAAUGAGCUAGAUGAACCCAAUGGUCUAUGAUUCGGAAUAAAUAAGCUUUCUGUGUUCCUAAAUUGUACGUGACACAAGGCAAGGUAUCACGUUUAAGUAAGGUGACUGCUUAUGUGAAAUGAGUACAUACGCUUUAAAAUCCUUGUAAUAGACUGAAGGCUGGCAAAGAAAAGUUACAGGAGCUUUGUAUGUCAAUCCAGCUUCAGGUUGGAACGUAAACAGUGAUCAACAGUCUAGCACAGAACGUUGUGAUAACUUCCUGUUUCUCUUUCCCUUUGCACAGGGCGCUGUGAUCCGCUAGGCAGUUAUCCUGUGGGGCUUGUACAGGAGAGCACAGUGUUUCCAUUCAUUUCCGUGGAAACUGCACACAAAUACCUGGUGGAUUGUGCCUGUCCCAUUUUCUCUAGUGAGGCCAGGCCCGUCCAAGCAACAGCUGCAAAUGUUACUAGUAUUUUCGGGGUGGGGUGGGGGAAAGCACCAUAAAAAACACAACUAUUGCACUAUUUUAAAUAGUUAUUUUGCCAAAACUAUGAAGAGUUUUGAUGGAAAAUAUAUAUAAAAAAUAUUUUUUUUCCUGCUAAUAUAUCACUCUGAAAAGUGAAGUCAUAGGAGCAACUGAUUUUUUUAUUAUUAUUAAAUUUGGGGGAAACGGGAGAACUCAAGGGAUAUAGAUUUAAAUGCCUUUUAGGUUUUAUUUGGAACAAAAGACACUUUUUAUGUGGAAAAUACAUAUUUUGAUGAAAUAUUAAUGUUUUGAAAGAUGUUCUCUAGCCCUGUGCUACUAAUAAAGUGUUGUCUGCAAUUUUGCAGGGGAAUUAAUGGCCAGUGUGUGUUUUUUGGUUAACAAUGGCCACUAUGGUCAAGGGAGUAAGGUUUGUGAGUGUGUAGGGAGCUUUUACAGUUUUAACAGUGAGUAGAUGGAAGAAAUCUCUCUGUUUUAGGGAACGGAGAACAAGAACGUAACAACUUGGGGGUUUGAUUGCACAGGGAUGUAGAGCGGGCUGUCGAUCGCUUCUGUCUUUAUCGCCCAAUGCUUAGACACUGGAGUAGGGUGGAGCCAGUGAAGUUAAUUGCACAAGGAAGGAAAUCUCUGGAAAGGGCUAAAAUGUAAGGUAUUUUAUUAAAACCAGCUGAUUCCUAG